GAUUAGUCGAAGUGCAACACCAGCCGCCGACGGACGUGGGCGCAUAAGUGCGUACUUUACAAUUGUAGUUCGAGAAAAAAAAGUGACAUCACAUCACCAUGAGGUCAUCGUGUCAGAUACUCGCCCUGACUCUUCUGCUGGCCAUCUGCGCCCUUGGCCAGGCACAGUUCAAGACGGCGGGCAUUAAAACGCGUCAGCCGCCCUCGGGUAAUCUUCAGCUGUCGGGCAAUGCCAGUGAGUACAACCAAAACGGCUACGGGUGGAACAGCCACAACCAGAGCAGCUACGGCUGGAGUGCCCAGAACCAGACCCAAACCCAGACCCAGACCAGCCAUGGAUGGAGCGAUUUCGUCCCUGCCGAGACCUACCAGCCCGCAACCUCGCCGCCCCUGUACGGACACUACGUGCAGCCGGUUGGACCGCCUGGUACACGGGCCCCACAAGUUCUGGACGAGACGGCACUGUUCAUCAACAAAACCCGAUCGGCCAUGGCCAGCGGUGUCUGCUAUAAGGAAGUUCCCACCGCUUCCCUGCUGCGCAACUCGCGGGAGAAGUUCGUUGGCAAUGGCACCACCCCGGACAUGAGCAGUGUUGAGGUGUGCUGCGAGGGCUACGAGCGCAACCCGCACAUCUAUCGGAAAUGCGAUCCGAUAUGCGCGGACGACUGCCCAAACGGGAUCUGCACGGCGCCCAACACUUGUGUCUGCAUUCCUGGCCACGUGCGAACGACCGAGGGGAAGUGCAUCUCCACCUGCCCCCUGGGCUGUGGCAACGGAGUGUGCGACGAGCGCAACGAGUGCCGAUGCAGAGAGGGCUACGCCCUGGAUCCCGUGAGCCGCAAGUACUGCCAGCCGGAGUGCAGGCAGGGCUGUGCCCAAGGACGCUGUGUAGCCCCCAACAAGUGCGAGUGCCUGCAAGGCUAUCGCCAGGCGGCCGACGGGAGCUGUGAGCCGGUAUGCGACAGUUGCGACAACGGACAGUGCACGGCCCCGGGCCACUGCAGUUGCAAGGCGGGCUACCUCAAGCUACAGGGACGCUGCGAGCCCAUCUGCGAGCAACCCUGCAAGAACGGCCGUUGCAUUGGCCCCGACUUGUGCGAGUGCGCACACGGCUUCGAGUGGGAUCGUAAGACCGCCGAGUGCCUGCCCAAGUGCGACGUGCCCUGCCUCAACGGAGCCUGUGUGGGCAACAACCAAUGCGAGUGCAAGCCGGGGUACGUGCUGGACGAGCAUCAGCGGUACAUUUGCCAGCCUCACUGCCCCCAGGGCUGUCCCAACGGCUUCUGCACCGCCCCCAACUUCUGCAUUUGCCGGCCAGGAUUCAUCAAGAGCGGCAUAAAGGGUCGUCAGAGCUGUACGGCUGUCUAGCUGUCUAGUAAGGUGAUCACAAGCUUUAUUGUGUGGGCUAGCCGAGAUUAAAGUGGCGUCCGAUCAGGGCACUGAACUCAUAGCUAA